AUGACUGGCAAUUGUCAGCCCGCUGGCGCUCGCUCUCCAACCACUGGGGCGGCAUCUAAAGUUGUACCAACACUGCAGUAUCACAAUACACAGGCAAAUCGGAUCACGCGCCAAGCGAAUUUGGUCAGAAACCGGAGGAACCGUCCGGUUGUACGGCGGCGCGGCUUCAAACCGGGAGAAGGUACCGUAACACGGCGUCCCCAUUCGACCUUCAACUCGGCCUUGGUCGGAGGUUCAGAACGCGAAGCACCGAUCUGGGCCCGCCCCGACCAAAUGAUCCAGGCUCCUGAUUGGACAACACUCUACGAGGACGCCAAGGCCCGGAAGCCCAAAGUCGCUGUCAAAUUCGCGAUGCCGGUCAGCCGCUACGCUGCUCCGACCUGCUCCACCAUGGUUCAUGCUAAGCCAUAA